UUAGCUAGUCAGAAACCGUUGCUGCUAAAGGUGCUAACAGUUACUAGCAUGUUUAAGAUAUGGCGAAUUAUUCGGCUUCUCUCUGCUUUUAUUCUUGCUUUUAAUCCCUAUCAGUUGACAACCAGACAUGCCUCAUUUCCUCUCAAGUGUCCACGUAUUAACAUUUUAAAUGGGCUAUUUCAAGUCUAAAUGGAUGUCGAGGACGCAUGAUGGCUGUUUACAAUAGCAGCAGCAGCGCCUUUGCCCCAAACUGGUCAGCUCUUCUCCCUACACGGGUCAGGGAGGGUUGUAAUUAGAGUUUGUGUCGUUGUCGACUGGUUCUCAGACGGAGAAAACUGAAAACGGUUGGAUCAUGACGACAGAAAGAAAUAGCAAAGCCCUGAAGGUGAAGCAGGAGUGUGGCGAGAACAUGCCCAUCCUGUCUGACAGCGAGCUCAUGUCCCUUUCAGUGCGGGAGCUGAAUCUCCACCUGCGUGGCCUGUCCCGUGAGGAGAUCCAGAAGCUGAAGCAGCGCCGGCGCACCUUGAAGAACCGGGGCUACGCUGCCAGCUGCCGGGUUAAGCGGGUGUCCCAGCGCGAGGCCCUGGAGCAGCAGAAGCAGGAGCUGCAGAGAGAGGUGGAGCGGCUAGGGGCCGAGAAUGCUGGCAUGAGGAAAGAACUGGAGGGUUUGGGUGCCCGCCUCGCUGCCCUCCAGAGGUUCGCCAGGGGUUUAGAAGCCGGAGGAGGCAACGUGCUGGCCACAGCCCCACGUCUCAACACCGCCUCUGUCAUCACCAUCGUCAAGAGUCCACCUCAGCCACCGACAAAGAGAGAGCACGAUCGGUCCUAGAAGAGGGACUAAUGGGAACCAGACUGGGGGGAGGGGCGCACAACCUACAAUGCAAACAUACACACACACAUCCUGCAGUCUUACUAUACUAUAUACACCCAGUCCAGAGAACAGCAACACCUUGUUAGUAGGAAAGUGUGAACCAGUGCAUUAUUAUUCGAUCACAUUUCUACUCUCUGGACAGUGUGACUGUCCUCAUGUCACCUACUAUACAAUCCCUGUGUCAUCAGGGACGGGUUAACGCCCUCGAUGUUGAAUUCUGUCUUUAUGACUCUUUAGAUUAUGAUGCUUUUCCACCACAUGGUACUGGCUUGACUCCAAGAAUGAGGAGGGAAAAAAACACAUGCAGGUCCUGGAGUAUAAUCCACUGGAUAGAAACAUCAGCUAGGACAGGAGAAAGAUCUGCUUACUACUGGAGCUCCCAUGUUUUUAAAGCAGUCUGUAGAAAAUGGGAGAUAUACUGGUAUGUGGAUUUGCCCUGUAUCCUAUUGGUUUGACUCAACCGUUGUCACCUUGUUUUGUUUUUUUUCCAUCAGUUUAAAGCUGUGGACAGUACCUGUUCUCUUUGCCAUCACCUCCAACAAAGUUGGACAUGAGCUGAUGUGAUACUGAAAACUCUAAAGAGAGUUUAUCAGCUUCAUUUAUUGUAUUAUACCAAUGAUUACAUGGAAACAAAUGAGAAGCACCUGUUGGUCUGCUCAGCGAUGGUGUCCUCCUCUGUUCCUUUGUUGAGGAUGACAUCUGGACAGUAUGGCGACUGGGGAUCCUACUACCACAAAUGAAGUUGAAUCUGUACCACAGGGUGGAAAAGCACUGUUAGCGACUGAAUUUACAUUACAUACAUUUCUGCACCUUCAAAUUAGCAAUUUCAUUCUGAAAGAAUUCAGCUUUUUAAUGUGAAUGAAACAAAGAGUAGCAACGCACUCAGAAAAUCUCUGACUGGCUAAGUACGCACAUACAUGUAGUGGCAGGAGGAAAAAUGUGAACCCACUGAAAUUUGGUAGUUUUCUGCUUGAACUGGUCAUAAAAGUAAAGAUAUAUAAUACCACAUGGACAGUUAUAAUAUUCCACGUCUUUGUAGACACCUCUUAAAUGGCUAUUUAAACUUAGUACUGGAAAAAUUAAAGUGAACCCUUGGAUUUAAUAACUGGUUGAAACUCCUUUGGCAGCCCUGUGAGUGUUUAAUAGGUGUGGUCGAUAAAGACCUGAAAUAUUAUGGUUGUUUGUUUGGUAUUAGGUUGAGAACAUUGUGUUUCUCUCUCCUUGUGACAUGGAUACAGAAUAGAUGGAUCACAUUUUAUGACCAAAUCACACAGAAAACAUACAAAUUUCAAAUGACUCACAUGCUUUUUCUUGCCACUGUACAU